CUUUUUCUUCUCUUCUCUUUCUUUCUUCUUCCAUUUUCCAUCCCGAUCCCCUCCUCCUCUUCUCUUCUUUCCCCCCACGAAGCUAGGGGCGAGCUCGGAAGGGGGCUCGGGAUGAGGCCGGCCCGAAGCCGGCGGCGCUGCAGCCAACCGGCGGUGCCUGCAGCGGCCGCGGCCCGGCUGGCCCCUCUCCUUCUCCACCUCCGGUGGAGGAGGUGGGUUGCGGGUACCACCGAGAUGUAGAGGAGCCCCGCCGAAGCCGGUGGUGCCCGCGAAAUGUACGGCCGACGUCCACGGUCAGCCUGAUGGCGUCCAUCAUGCUUCAAGCCGGCAGCCACCCACGGUCAACAGGGAAAUCUCCCUUCGGCCGUCUUCUCCGAUCCCCUCCAGCGAAGAUCACACCGGUUCCACCCCUGGGAACCAGAUCUGUCCGAGCCGAGGGUCCUUCCGUGCAUCUAAGGGUUAGGGUUUACCUCAUUCCGAUGAGCCGUGAAGUAUUCCCGGCGACUACUGUGCCUGCUCCGGCGGCAGAAGGUGAUGACAAGCUGGAGAUCCUCCCUCCUCCGGCGCCACUGCUCUCGGUCCGGCUCCUUGCACAAAAGACAAAGAGUAAGGGAGGUAAGAGGUGGUCGAUGGAGUUCUCUGUGACUCCAUGGGCUUUUGUAGCUCCUCAUCCAGCUCGGAGGGGUGGGGGACCGCGGCUGUUAGGCAGUUUUAACUGCCUCAACAGCUGCCGUUCUCCACCGCCUUAUUCCCGAAAUCACCAGAUGGACCGCCGACUUCGGUCCAUCUGGUCCGGGGUUUACAUUCUUCCCUCCUUAAAAGAAAUUUCGUCCUCGAAAUUUUACAUACUUUAAUCCUUAAACAAAUGAAGAUACUUAGUCUUUUAUCUAAUAUUCCACUAGACUUCCGCUGCGCAACUUUGAUUGAGCCCAACAUAUCAAAGGCUCAGUCUCAAUUUGUAUUAACUCUAACUUUCUCACUUAAGUGAAAAGAUUCUUAAACAUAACAUCCAUAAGAAUAGCUUUUUUUUUUUUUUUUUAAGAGAGAUGACAUCACAUAAAGACUGGUUCAAUUCUUAUGACGUGCAUUUUAGAGGGUUAGAAACCCAGAAGAUACAAAGGUGUCAGAAGAUUUACAAUUAAUUGACACCUGGCCUUCAUGGCAUUAUCUAGGAUGAUAUUUGUCACUAUUUGAUCAUUUGUACCAGCAUUCUACUGAGUCAAUGCAAAAGCUGAGCUUCCGAUUUAGUAGGUUCCGAAUCAUUCUUCUUUUUAUUUGGACAAUCCCGUGCGAAAUGUCCAUGUUGACCACAAGUGAAGCAGACUCCCAUCUUCUUAAAACAAGGCCCCCAUGAGUCUUGCCACAGUAGGUACAGACCUCAAACCUCUUCUUCUUAUUUGUACUACUUUCAAGGUUCUGUGGCCUGUCACUCAGACUUUCUGUCAUCUUGAGUCUCUUCUGGUCACUUCUUUCUUUUUCUGAUCUCUUCAAUUCGGCUUCUAAUUUUAGAGCCCUUUCCAAUACAUCCUGGUAACUAGUGAAAAGCAGAACAG